AAUUUCUUUAGUCCAUCUUGUUUACAAAAUUAAAAUAAAUUUAAAAUAAUAAAUAUAUAAUUCCAUGUAUAAUUCUUUUUAGAGAACUUCGAAUUGUAAUUAUCGAAAAAAUAGAAAAAGAGAAGAAAGAGGACAAAAGAAAUAGAUGGUGAGUUUUUGUUAAAGGAGAGAAGAAAGAAAACAGCAGUCGAGUGGCGGGGGCUCUCAUCCUCAUGAAGGGCAAUCUCCGGUCAGAGUCUUUAUCAGGUUCUGGAGUAGUAAUGUAUAUAUUGGUGGAUGCAAUCUGAGGAGGUUGAUUUUGUGGUAUCCUUUCUGCUUUCUACUUUCUACGUCGACAGCUAAUGGCAACAGUAAUGACAUACUCUAACCAUCCAACAACUGCUAAGCUUCCAUCUAGAGAGUCUCUUAGAUCUCACACUCUAGUUGUAAGCUUAACAUCGUGCUCUCAUAAGCCUGUUUGUGCCUUCGCCCACAAACUCUAUUCUCAAUCUUCUCACGUCUAUGUAGCUGAACCAUUUUGGGACAACAAUUUCAGGAGGAUAACCUGGCAAAUUAGGAGCAGCGCAGAUAGCAGUGGAUUGGAUCCUUCUUCCUCAGGUCGCACUAGAGGUGGAACACGAUUACUUAGGGCCAUACAAGCUUUGCAAACCAAGAUAGUAGCAAGAAUUCAAGAGAUAAGGAAGAAUCUUCCAAUCAAAUUAUUAUUUUUCUUGGUGGGGUUCUAUUGUGCCACUGCCUUUGCCACUGUUAUUGGUCAAACAGGUGAUUGGGAUAUUCUUUCUGCCGCCUUGGCUGUGGCAGUGGUGGAGGGGAUUGGAGCGCUCAUGUACAGGGCUUCUUUCCCCUUGUUCAACAAUAUGAGGAGCCUUAUCACCAUGUUUAACUAUUGGAAGGCUGGGCUAUCUCUUGGUCUGUUCUUGGAUUCAUUUAAAUAUAAAAUAGAUGAUGUUUUGAAUUCCUGUAAUCCUUUUUAUUUUGAAAUGGAUAUAUUCCCUGUCUUCUUUGGCUGACGCAUUUUUGCAUCAAAGGAUAUUGAAGAGAUGAUCAAUCUCAUUUUCAUAUACAUA